AAUGCGUAAACAAGAACUGGAAAGUCCUCCGCCCCCUUCCCCGUAUCAUCAUCAAAUGAAUCCAGUUCCGUGUUCUACUGUAUGUCGCUACCACAACCAUUAGUUAAACCAUCUUAAAUACGCGAAGCCCUCCGAUUAUUUAAAUCAAUGCGCAUAAUCAUCAUGGACCAGUGAUAUGAAAAAGGUCUGUACCCAUGAUGUCACGAAGGAAGAAAAUGCCAUGAGCUCUUCAGCAGAACAGUGCAGUUGAACCAUAAAGUGGUUAAAUCUGCAUUCCACUUGAUCCUCACAUCAUCUGUUGUCAUCUUGUGACAAUGACAUUACAGAAGAAACAUCUGGUGAAGGAUUUCAACCAUUUCAUCACCUGUUAUGUCUGUAAAGGAUACCUGAUAAAGCCCACCACUGUGACAGAGUGCCUACACACCUUUUGUAAAAGCUGUAUAGUCCAGCAUUUUGAAGACAGCAAUGAGUGCCCAAAAUGUGGUAUCCAGGUUCAUGAAACAAAUCCCCUGGAGAUGUUAAGGCUGGACAACACUUUAGAAGAAAUCAUAUUCAAAGUCGUGCCUGGUCUUAGAGAAAAGGAACAGCAGCAAGAAAUUGAAUUCUGGAGAAAAAACAAGUCAAAAGAAAAUAUUGGUGAAGACGGCCCUGUAUGUAAGAAAGCCAAACUAGAUGAAGAAGAUGAUAAUAACAGUAAUGGAGACUACCACAGAAGUGAUCCUCAGAUAGCCAUCUGUCUCGACUGCUUGCGGAACAACAGCCAGAUGGGAGAAGCCAUUGUUAAGGGCUUAAUGAAGAAGUUUAUUCGCUGCUCGACAAGAGUAACUGUCGGAACAAUCAAGAAGUUUUUAAGUCUCAAGUUAAAGCUUCCAAGUUCUUAUGAGAUGUUUUAUGCAAUGGUGAGAUCAUGGGCAAGGACCACACCAUGGAGUUCAUCUACAUGACCCGCUGGAGACUUCGAGGAGAAAAUGUAAGCCAAGCCAGUCUACCCAAUGGUACUUGAAUAUCGACCACGCAUAGACUUCGGCUAGGUGGAAAUUUCCUGCACUAAUUUCUGCCCAUCAACAGACAGCAAAUUGAAUGAAUGUGUCUAGGUUGGAAGAUGUACUUUUCUGUUUAGUGUCUUACAGUUUUAUACUACAAACUCCUUGUUUUCACCCUCACAGAGAGAGAGAUGUACUGUUGAAAAAACCUGGUUGUUUACUGCAGAUGUGAACAAAUUGUAAUGUGCCACAAGGUAUAAUAUAAAUGUAUAUAAUAAUUGCUUAUUUUCACAUUGCUACAUGAUAGAAAAAUCAUAUCUAUGUUUGACAGUGCCUUUUCAUCUACACUUUAGUAAAUGUGGAAGGGUGCAACCCUUUGCUUGACAGGGUUCUUUCGAUGGCACACCUGUCUUGAUAGUUUCUACUUGUUAGCAAUUGUGAGAUAGAAGUUUUGUUUUUUAACAUUAUGAAAUGAAGUGAUUUGACAUUUGUUUCCUCGUUUGAAAUAAUCUGGGCUAAAUUUUUCAAAAGCUGGUAUGUUUUUUUAUUAUUUUCAUUGUAAAGGUUUAAUUUUAUGGCUGAUAAAGUGCACACACCUUUUUUAUUUGAGGGUUUUGGUGAGUUUUCCCCAGUCGUGCCUCCUUUUAUAAAAUUACAUUCAUAGGUAUGUAGUUAAAUGCAUUAAGUAAGAGGUUUGUGUUGUAAAACUUUUUUAUGGUUGGCAGGCAACAAGUAAAACGUUCUUCUCAAUUCAUAAUACUUUUUUGAUAUAAUAGUACAAAGUUAAAACUUUCUGUCUUGAAUUGAGGAUUAAGUGAGUCAUGUUUGCCUAUGUCAUGUCAAAAUAAAUCCUAAGUCUAGGGUUUUAAAAAACUGUAAUUCAAUGUCAAAGAACAAUGUUUAUUAAAAAGUUCAAUUUUCCAAGGUAGAAAUAACUUGACCACAUACAAAAGCAUUCAGUACAGUGUAUCGGUCUGGCAAAUUACACCAAAGACAACCUCUACCACAUCUGACCACACUGGACUAAAAAUUGUUUGUCUUGCCUUACAACCACUUUACUCAAAAAAAUCUGAUGUCAUGUGGUGAAGAUAAAACUUGAAUUUUUGUACAUGAAAAAACUACCUAAUCUAUCAAACAAAGAGUACAGAAGGACAAUAAGUGGCAUAUUUUUGAUUUUGUCUUGUCUUGUGAAUGUUUUUAAAAUGUUUCUGUAAACAGAAUCCCAACACAUUAGAUGGAAGCCUGUUUAUAUCUCAACUGGGUUUCUUCAAAAUGUAUAUUGCACUUGUGUUUGCAAAAAAGCUUAGCAUUUUAGAGAUUAAAACAUUGUUUUAUGUGGUAGAUGAACAAUUGAUGUUACGAAUUGACCAUGCCGUCGCAAUGAUCAACAUGUAUUUUUGUAAGAGGCCCUUGUAUAUUUUUGAAAAUAGAAAUAUAUGUCAUAUGUGUAAAAAAUAUAUAAAAUGCUGCUUAGAAUAUUUUAUUCAGUUUCUCAAUGUAAGGUCCCUGAGGUGAUUCCUUAGAGAUUAGACUUGUGUAUAACAUAUGCAAGGUGUUGUAUUUGUGUCUCUUUUCAGAAGAAUAAUACAGUUAUGAAUAUUGA